CAGCCGGGUGCUGGAAGUGGCGGCAUGGCGGCGGCGGGGCCGGGCGAGGCGGAGGCGGAGGCGCUGCGGGUCUUCACCGCGCUCGGGCUCAGCGCGGACAAGGCGCGCGAGACCCUGAAGAACGAGGCGCUGAGCGCGUUGCUGCGCCAGGCCGCCGCCCAGGCUCAGGGCGCGCUGGGCCCCGCCAUCGACCGGGCGACCGGGACGCUGCUGUACAACGUGGCGUCGCGCCUCAAGGACCCCAAGCGCCUUGGCUUCCUCGUGGGCUGCGUCACCAGCAAGAAGAUCGUCACGGACCUGCAGCUCAGCGCCGCGCUGGACUAUGUGAAGAGCCACCCGCUCGACCCCAUCGACGUGGCCGACUUCGAGCACACCUGCGGCGUGGGCGUGGCUGUGACCCCCGAGCAGAUAGAGGAGGCGGUGGAGGCUGCCAUCAGCAAGCACCGUGCGGAGCUGCUGGCUGAGCGCUAUCGCUUCAACAUGGGGCUGCUGAUGGGGGAGGCGCGCAGCAGGCUGAAGUGGGCGGACGGGAAGAUCAUCAAGAACGAGGUGGACUUGCAGGUGCUGCACUUGCUGGGCCCAAAGACGGAGGCCGACCUGGAGAAGAAGCCAAAGGCUGCCAAGGCCAAGCCAGCCGAGGUGGAGAAGAGGCGUAAGGCAGCCGUAGCGGUGAACGGGGCUGAGAGCCUGGAGGAGCGGUCGCUCAUGGAGCAGCUACGUGGCGAGGCUCUCAAGUUUCACAAGCCGGGCGAGAACUACAAGGCAGACGGCUACGUGACCACGCCUCACACCAUGGCCCUGCUGAAGCAGCACCUAGAGAUCACCGGCGGGCAGGUGCGGACGCGGUUCCCACCAGAGCCCAAUGGCAUCCUGCACAUCGGCCACGCCAAGGCCAUCAACUUCAACUUCGGCUAUGCCAAGGCCAACGACGGCAUCUGCUUCCUGCGCUAUGAUGACACCAACCCCGAGAAGGAGGAGGAGAAGUACUUCACGGCCAUCCGGGAGAUGGUCGAGUGGCUGGGCUACGAGCCAUAUGCGGUGACGCAUGCGUCUGACUACUUUGACCAGCUCUAUGCCUGGGCCGUGGAGCUCAUCCAGAGGGGCCAUGCCUACGUCUGCCAUCAGAAGGUGGAGGAGAUCAAGGGCCACAACCCGCCACCCUCGCCGUGGCGGGACCGGCCGGCGGAGGAGUCACUCCUGCUCUUCGAGGGUAUGCGCAAGGGGAAGUUUGAGGAGGGCGAAGCCACACUUCGCAUGAAGCUGGUGAUGGAGGACGGGAAGAUGGACCCCGUUGCCUACCGGAUCAAGUACACACCGCACCACCGCAGCGGGGAUGCCUGGUGCAUCUACCCCACAUAUGACUACACUCACUGUCUGUGCGACUCCAUCGAACACAUCACCCACUCGCUCUGCACCAAGGAGUUCCAGGCCAGGCGCUCGUCCUACUUCUGGUUGUGCAACGCCCUGGACGUGUACUGCCCCGUGCAGUGGGAGUAUGGGCGUCUGAACCUCCUCUACACCGUUGUCUCCAAGCGCAAGAUCAUCAGGCUGGUGGAGACGGGUGCUGUCAGGGACUGGGACGACCCACGGCUCUUCACACUGACAGCGCUGCGGCGCCGAGGCUUCCCUUCCGAGGCCAUCAACAACUUCUGUGCCCGGGUGGGGGUGACGGUGGCCCAAGCAACAAUGGAGCCACACCUGCUGGAGGCCUGUGUGCGGGAUGUGCUGAACGAGCAGGCGCCUCGUGCCAUGGCUGUGCUGGACCCACUCAGAGUCACCAUUACCAACUUCCCAGCUGCAAAGGCUUUGGAGGUCCCAGUGCCCAAUUUCCCAGCUGAUGAGACCAAGGGUUUCCACCAUGUGCCCUUCCUGCCCACCCUCUACAUCGAGCAGAGUGACUUCCGGGAGGUGUUGGAGAAGGGCUACAAGCGCCUGACUCCUGGGCAGCCGGUGGGGCUGAGACACACGGGCUACAUCAUCGCCGUCCAGAACAUCAUCAAGGAUGCCAGCGGGCAUGUGACUGAACUGGAGGUGACCUGCACACGGUCGGACGCCGCGGAGAAGCCCAAGGCCUUUAUCCACUGGGUGUCAGAGCCGCUGGUCUGUGAGGUUCGGCUCUACGAGCGCCUCUUCCUGCACAAGAACCCAGAGGACCCUGCGGAGGUGCCGGGCGGAUUCCUAAGUGACCUCAACCCCGACUCGCUGCAGGUGGUGGAGGAUGCCCUGGUGGACCGCUCUGUGCGGGUGGCGCGGCCCUUCGACAGGUUCCAGUUUGAGCGCCUGGGCUACUUCUCGGUGGAUCCCGACAGCACGGAGGAGAAGGUGGUAUUCAACCGCACCGUGACCCUCAAGGAGGACCCGGGCAAGGCCUGAGUGGCCGAACCCACCGCUGCUGCCCUGGUGCCGGCGUCUGCACAGGAGCGGCCCCUUCCACUGGCCUGGGCACGGGCACGGGCAGGGGCAGGCGCUCGGCCAGACCCAGGCCCUGCACAAGCGCAAGAGCCACAGCUGCCUUAAUGCGGGGCCGCUCGCCCGCUCCACCACCUCCCUCAAUAAACCUGAGCACUGCA